AUGGUACCGAACCCUGUCUUCCUCUUGACACUGGCCCUGAGCCUGGCAAAGACCUCGCUCGCGGUCCGCGGUUACUCGCGUCGAGUCGACACGCCGCAGCUGCCGUUUGACCCCAAUACCACUCCGUACUGUACGUGGUGGAUUGACAAUGAUGGGUCAAGCUCGUGCUCGGACAUCCUCUCCGACUGGAUUAUCUCCCUCGAUGACUUUAGGCGCUGGAAUCCAUCCAUUACUGCUGGUUGCGGCGGGUUAGAGACAGGAAAGUCCUACUGUGUAGAGGCGUGGGGAGAGCCCGUGCCUACGACUAGUACUUCUCUGACAACUACGGCUGUCCCCAUAACGACGACUACUACCACCAAGACCGGAAACGCCCCUGGCCCCACCCAGUCGGGUCAGGUCGAGACGUGCAACCGCUGGGACCUUGUCCAGGACGGUGAUACCUGCAGCGUGUACCUUGAAAAAUACCCCGGUCUGUCGUUGGCGAAGCUGGUGGAGUGGAAUCCUGCUAUUGGGAGUCAGUGCCAGAACCUGUGGGUUGAGACAUAUCUCUGCACAGGCAUCGAGGGAUGGUCUGCACCUACGACCACCACAGCUACGACUACUACCUCUCCGCCGGGUAACGGGAUCCCAACCCCAACGCCUACGCAGCCAGGCAUGAUCGCGGACUGCAACGCGUUCCAUGAAGUGAAAUCUGGCGACACGUGCGCGAACAUCGCCCAGAGUGCAGGCAUCUCGGUCUCGCAGUUUACAGCGUGGAACUCCGGCGUCGGGACGGGCUGCACCUCGCUGUGGCUCGGGUACUUUGUCUGUGUCUCGCGAGUGGGUGCUACGGCGACAAUGACUACGACAACCACAAGCGCGGGUAACGGGAUCGCCACGCCAACCCCAACACUCCCCGGGAUGGUGGCGAACUGCGAUGCUUUCUACCUAGUGAGAUCAGGUGACGGGUGUGCCGCGAUAGCCAGCAGCAAGGGAAUAAGCCUUGCGCAGCUUUACGCGUGGAACACGAAUCUCGGGACCAGCUGCACGGGCUUGUGGGCCGAGUACUACGUCUGCGUGUCCAUCGUAGGUGUGUCUCCCACUACAACGACGAAAACAACCACACGGACGGCUACGACUACGAGAACCACCACAACGCAGGGCAAUGGGGUGGCUACGCCCACGCCUAUCCAACCGGGCAUGACGACGUCGUGCAAGAAGUUCCACAAGGUUGUCUCGGGAGACCAGUGCGGAACGAUUGCCUCCAAGGCGGGCAUUACACUUGUCAACUUUCUGCGGUGGAAUCCAGGUGUUGGCGGGUCAGCUUGUUCCUCGUUGUGGCUUGGGUAUUAUGUUUGCAUUGCUGUGCUGUGA